AUCUCCACUGUGCCAAAAAAAAAACGUUACUCUAGGAGAUUAUUAGGCGUUAGCAGCUGUGAGAGGGAGGAAAUUAGCAAAGGAAAUCGCGACUUCACACUCUCCGACACUCCUUCAAUUCUUUCGGCGAGAGUUAAGAGUAAGUGUCUGUGAUUCUGGAAUGGAUCAUUGAGAACAAAUUUGCAGAAGAAGAAGAAGAGAGAGAAAUCGAGAAGAUGCGAAGAGAGAUCUCCGCAUUUGCUCAGCCUCGAUGGCUUCUUCUCUUAAUCAUUGCUGCUUUUAUCCUCAUUUUAACUCUUUCCUUCAAUUAUCAGGGCUUAGGGUGGGCUGUGAAGGAACCUGAAAUUACUCACAGAGUGUUCUUGGAUGUUGACAUGGAUGAUCAGCGAUUAGGUAGGAUCGUCAUUGGAUUGUUUGGUAAAGUUGUUCCGAAAACUGCUGAAAAUUUCAGGGCUCUUUGCACUGGAGAGAAGGGACAGGGUAGCAGUGGUAAACCUCUACAUUAUAAAAAAACGCCUUUCCAUCGUAUAAUUCCGGGGUUUGUGAUUCAAGGUGGUGAUAUUGUUCAUGGUGAUGGGAAGGGUGGAGAAUCAAUAUAUGGUGGUAUCUUUCCUGACGAGAAUUUCAGAAUAAAACAUUCGCAUGCAGGAGUCGUGUCUAUGGCAAAUUCUGGACCUAAUUCGAAUGGUUCACAGUUCUUUAUUACCACAGUGAAGGCAAGCUGGUUGGAUGGCGAGCAUGUUGUCUUUGGGAAGGUUAUACAAGGCAUGGAUACUGUAUAUGCAAUUGAAGGAGGAGCUGGAACUUAUAGUGGAAAACCGAGGAAGAAGGUGAUCAUAGCCGAGUCUGGAGAGAUACCCAAGAGCAAGUGGGACGAGGACACGACUAAACUAUAGAAGUUUGCUUCCUUGCAAAUGUAGAUCAGUUAAUAGUUGGCUAGUCGUAAUUUUUGUUCUUUACAGUUUAUAUGUUGUAUGUUUAUAAUGUCAAAGUUGGGGAAGAAAGCUAAAAUCAAAGUCCAUGGAUUUACACAUCCGCCUUGGAACUUAUUGAUUAUUUUGACCAGUAGCGUUAGUUCUCUUUAUGUGGGUUACUUGUAGAGACCUGUAAUAUAGAGUUGAUGUAAAUGGUACAUGACUAUUUAUCAAAUUUUGCAUACAAAAAUCUUACCAAUCUAA